CCGACCCACCCAUGCGCCAUUUUCACGCAGCUUUAUUGUUUCCAUUUUUAUGGCAGAAUGAAAUAGACUAUCGAUUCAGCUUGCCCUAUUUCAACUUGGGAUAAAAUUGGAUUUUUUUUCUCUUCUAAACGAGCGAGGGCUGGAAGGAGGGUCGCAGGAGCGGCGUGCGCAAAGCAGCGCGCUCCCGAGACUUCUCCGCAGCUCGCAGACGGAGCGCAGGUGGAGGCGCGGAGGAGACGAGCGGACGGAUCUAAAGAGGAAAAACACACGGAAUGCUCGGCUCAGCACGCGCGAUUUCUUCUUCUUAAGGCACGAACUCUCCCGCGCGCUGUGGUUGAUCAGCAUCCGCCGGCUUCAUGGUUCGUUUUCUGGUCCCCCCCGCGACAAAAGUUUGACUGUUAAAAAUGAUGCUGCGCUCCCGCUUCCUCACGUAAUUCAGAGGAAGUGUCAACCCCGACCAGCGGCUGCGGUUUUCUCUGUCACCGGAGCCUCUUUUACCAGCGCGUAACGGCAGGAUUGCAUCGCCUUGAAUAAGCGUCGCGCGCCAGGAUGGACUUGCUCGGACUGUACUUCCUGCAGCUCGCUCUGAUCGGUGUUCCAUGUGUGCUUCCGUCGGAGCUGAGUCACGACUGCCUGCAGGCCGGUGACGUUUGCUCCAGCGACGACACUUGCAGUCCCCGACUCCGCACCCUGCGGCAGUGUGUGGCGGGCGACGGCAGCGUGAAGCUGGGGCCCGGGGCUCGGAAUCAGUGCGAGAACGCCAUGACGGCGCUGCUGUCCACCCCUCUGCGCGGCUGCCAAUGCAAACGUGGCAUGAAGAGGGAGAAGAACUGCUUAAGCAUCUACUGGAGCCUUCACCAGUCGGUGCUUCAUGGGUUGAGCCUGGUGGAGGAUUAUCCGUACGAGCCCGAGGAGCGCGGCACCGACUACGUCCGCCUGGCAUCCAUCGCUGCAGAAUCUGAGGUCACAACUGUGAACCGUUGCCUGGACGCGGCCAAGGCGUGCAACAUAGACGAGACGUGUCAGAAGCUGCGGACGGAAUACGUCUCCGCCUGCAUCCAGCCCUCAGCCCGCUCGGGUCCUUGCAACCGGCCCAAGUGCAACAAGGCACUGCGGAAGUUCUUCGACCGCGUGCCUCCAGACUACACCCACGAGUUGCUGUUCUGCCCCUGCACCGACACGGCGUGUGCGGAGCGCCGCCGUCAAACCAUCGUGCCGUCCUGUUCUUACGAAGAGAAAGAGAAGCCCAACUGCCUGGCUCAGGUGCGGGUGUGCAAGGCAGACUACGUGUGCAGGUCUCGCUGGGCGCAGUUCCAGUACGAUUGCCAACCCUUGGAGCAGAGCGCCAGCGGCUGCAAGCAGGAGAACCACGGCGCGUGUCUGCUAGCGUACACCGGCCUCAUAGGAAGCACAAUAACGCCCAACUACCUUGAUAACUCCACAUCCAACGUUGGACCUUGGUGUUCCUGUGUGGCCAGCGGCAACCACCGGGAGCAAUGUCAUGACUUCCUCACCUUCUUCCACGACAACAUCUGCCUGAAAAAUGCCAUUCUGGCCUUUGGGAACGGGUCGGAUGUGAAGACGGGAGCCGCGCCGCCCAGCGCGGCCACAGACCACCACGUCGGCCCGCCGUCGGCCAGCACCGCCCCGGCCGUCGCCAUGGAAACAGAGCAGAACAUUCUGAGGGCACAGAUACCGACUCAGGUGAACGAGAACGAGAGAUUGUGGGGCGACGAAGGCGACUCCACCCUCCCAUCCCCGAGUCUGUCCGACGGCGGAGCCGGACGCCUGCGCUCGUCCCUGCUGCUCACUUUCGGCUGGAUGACGCUCAACCUGCUGCUCUCUGACCAAUAGGAAGCCUGGCUGGCCUCUGAGGACACGCUCCCUGUGGGAAAACUCUGUCUGCGUGUCACAGGAUGGCAGGGGAAGAACAUUGUUCACUCUAUCACAGAAUCACACUCUCUCCUUUUUUUGUGAAUAAAGACUCCGAGCCGACGUGUGUCCGACACCCGGGAGGAAGGAAGGAAGUUCUGCCGUCUCACCAGAGGGGGCGCAACCAAGCGCCGUCUCAGCUCCUCACUGUCUGUCUGAAGCAGCUCACCUCCACACCAGGCUGACGGGAUCAGAAAGUGUACAGACGACGCCGCGGCAAAACUGACGAAAAAAAACAGAAAAAAAAGAAAAAUAUUUUUUAUGUUCCGUUCCAGAACAUUCCGCGACAUGAAAGAUAAAUAUUCCGUAUUGAGACUCAUGAUGCAGGUGAAGUGACGAACGUGUGCGUGAUGUACAUUUUCUUUUGUACAAAGUUACGAAGCGUUCGCUUCUGUAAUUGAAGCUAUAGCAUUGAUGGGAAUAAUGUUAUGAUUCAUGACUAUUUUCACCGUUUUUUUUUUUUUGCUCCGUUUGGUGGCCGUGCUGAGGGUUUGACCUGAUGCGAAAAGGCGAGCUAAGAAGCUAAGUUGAAGCGGAAAUCGUGUUUUACCCAUCAGACCAGCAGGCCGUUUGGUCAUGCGAGUGUGUCCGAGUCUGGCUGGAGAAGAAUGAAUACGUUUGCUGCUCCGGCUUGGUGACGUCUCAGGAUCCUCCUCAGUGAUGUCACUGGGACAAGGGUCAGUCCAGCAGGUUUGCGAUUCCUUUAGGCCGUGAGGAAUGAUUAGACCGGAAAAUGAAUUUGCUGCUCUGGCUUGGUAGCAUCCUGGGAUCCAUCUGUGUGAUGUCAUGAGAGUCAAGAGUCGUGGAUGUAUCUGUUUGUAUCUUCCUGUAAGGCUGUUUCCGAGAAGAGCAUUUGGGUUGGAGAAUGUGUUUGCUGCUCUGGCUUGGUGACAUCUCAAGAUCCUCCUUAGUGAUGUCACUAGGACGAGGAUCGGUUGGUUUGAGGCGCGCUCCGAAAGGAACGGUUAAGUCGGAAAAUGCAUUUGCUGCUCUGGCUUGGUGGGUUUUUGGAUUCCCCUUUGUGAUGUCAGGCUCAGCUGUGGUGGGUAGCGAUUCUUCAAGGCAGUGAGGAAUGAUUGGUUUGGGAAAUAUGUUUGCUGCUCUGGCUUGGCGACGUCUCAGGAUCCUGCUUAGUGAUGUCACUAGGAAGAGGAUCAGUCGAGUUGGUUUGAGGCGUGCUCUGAAAGCGACGAUCGAUAGGAAAAUGCAUUCGCUGCUCCGGCUUGGCGACAUCCUGGGAUUCAUCCCUGUGAUGUCACAAGAAAAAGAGUCGUGAAAAUGGCUUAGUAGCUUCCUGAAAGGCUCGUUCGGAGUCGAGCGUGUGGAUUGGAGAAUGUAUUUUCUGCUCCGGCUUGGUGUGUUUUUGUAUUCCCUUCACUCAGACAAGGAUCAGUGGAGGUGGUUCGAGGCUCGAAAGGAACGCUGCUCCGGCUUGGGAACAUCUGGGGAUUCCUCAGGGACAGAAGUAGCUCGGAAGGACGGACGCAAAUGAAUCUGUCUGUGUUUUACUUUGGAUUUCGUCUGUGCCAUGAGGAAAACUCUCCAUUGUUAAAUGCAAGGACCUGGAAAAAAACAAAAGAUUUAUGUGGAAGAGCCACUUGAAUUUCUAUUUUCUAAAUGUACACGGACAGAGGGAACUCUGAUUUGUAACCAGUCAUGCUUUGCUCUCACUGACGGGACACAGAUCGGACGCGUCCGUCUCGGAGCGCUGGGACGCAGGUGCUGAGCCGUGACCCGCCCGGACUCUUGAGUCCAAGCCGGACCGCUGGAGGACGCUCGAUAGAAACUGCCGGAAAAUAAAGCACAACUCUUGGUGGAGCGUUCGUGUCUGACAGACGUGUCGGUAAAUGUCAUCUCCGCUGCCGCCGCUGGGGGACUGGGGUUUUCAACACAAGUGAAAUGAGACUCACGGCUUCAUCUGAGGGGAUGGAAACCACACGCUCUUGUCUGGUGAUGAAGAAUGUCAUUUUGUUGUCCCCGCUGCCGCCGACCGAGCUCCUUCUCCACUGGUGAAUCCAUUGAAAGAACCUGCCACAUAAAUGUGUGUUGUCAAGCAGAUGCUUCAGUUUUACCCGCCCCUGUCCAUCGGGCUUAAGCUAACGUUCCGCACGCGGUUUCACGUCUUCAUGACAAUUUGUCCUCAGAAAAACAAGUGUCCUACUUGUGGUGACCCACUUCUGUGACGCGAACGUUUCUCUUCCUGCUGCUCGCGCAGUUCAAACUGAUGGAGUUUUGGAGGCAGGUGAUGCAGUCGGGAGCGUCGGGGGAAGGUCGCAGGUUGGGACACCGCCGGUCACAGGCCCCGCCCCCAUCACGCUCGCUGCCGCAGACAUUCUCAAGAGCACAAACUGACGACAACGUUCAUGCAUUCAUUCGUCUCUUUACUGUCGCCAUGUGAGGAAAUUCUGGACAUGUUUUUGUCCUGUUGUUCACUGCUCAUUUUAUUGAGUUAUUUCCUCUUCUCGCUACUUUCUCUAAAGUGUCAUUCAUGACAUGACUCCUUCCUGUUUCCAUUACUCUCUAUUAAUUUCACUCCUCCCCAAGGCUUAUGAGGCUUCAUGAAACAGUGUCUUCAUUUUCAGAGCCCACUAGAGGGCGCUCUCUGCUCUCAAACCUCUGGCUUCUCAGACUUAUUUGAGUCAUUUUUUAGUCAGAACACUGAAAAUGAGCACAUUGUUUCAUGAAGCCUCACCACCCAUCACUCACUGCACGUCACCCAAACACCUGAGCGAUGUGAAGUUAGUUUGCUCAUGAAUCGAAAUGUUGAGAACUGCACUGGUCUGAGUGACGGCUGCUUUUAUUGUACAGGUUCUUUGGAGGAAUACACUUCAGCCGAAGUGCGCUGCGCCCCCCAGUGGUGGGUAGACGGUACUGCAUUCACGAAUGAGUGACACAAAUAACAGAUGAAUCACAAGGAAAGAUGCUUCACUUACAAUGUGAUGUCAGAACCAAAACAUCCACGAUGGAGGAGACGAAAUGACAAGUCAUUCGUGAAAUCCAUCAGGAAAGAGACACAAAAAAGUGACGUUCACAUGACAAAUCCACUGGGACACAACCUCCUGGUGUUCAGGCUUUAAACUGAUGCACGUUUCAUUUGUUUUCAUUCUGCUGUCACAUGUUCAUAUGUGACAAAUUAAUUGUGGAACCCCAAUUAUUUUACUUAGUUUUUAUCGACUCCUGUCUAAUUUUAGCAAAAUUUUGAAUGUUAAUUUCAUUUAUUUUUUUUAUUUGAUAUGAUUUAAUGUUAUGCUAUUUGAUAUUUCAUUUUAUUGUGUUUUGUUAUUUGAAAUUAUAUUUUAUUUUUUAUUUGAUAUUGUCUCAUUUUGUUAUUUUUUAUUUUAUGAUAUGCUAUUUGAUAUUAUUUUACUUUGGUUUUAUGUUACAUUGUUAUAUCAUGUUAUGACAUGUCAUAACAUGUUAUGACAUGUUAUGACAUGUUAUGUCAUGUUAUGUGACAUUUUAUUUUGUGUGUCGUUUUCUUUUUUUUGGUCAUGUUAUGUUGCGCUGUUAUGCUAUGUUAUACUAUGUUAUUAUUGUUAUGUUAUGUUAUAUUAUGUGACAUUUUAUUUUAUAUGAUAUUAAUAAAUGUAUUAAAUAUAUAAAGAUAAUUACAAUAGAAACGGUCCAAUAAUUCAUAACAAAAUAUUUUAUAAAAAAAAAAAAAAGGUGGUGUCAAAAUAUUUGUAAAAUUCUAGUUGUCAUAACAAUAACAACAAGAAGACUUUUAAAAUAAACUUUAUUUACAAAAGGGAUUCAAACAUUUUUCAGGUAAAGUGACCAGUGCAAUGUUGAUUUCAUUCAGUCCACGUGAAGAAGAAGGAGACCAAGCGUUUGGAUCAGAACGACAAUAAACGGACUGAAUGAGUGAGUGAGUGGGAUGGUUCAUGCUCUCACUCGCACCACUCACCAUCAGCUUGAGGAGCUGAUGAGUUUGUUUGGGGGACAUCACUCCGUCAUCCUGACAAUCACCAACCCACCUGUCACUCAUCCACGCCUCCAGUAAAACUGAAUGCCUCUGCUGACCAGAUCCUGCUGCUGCUGCGUGUCUGACCGUCCCCAGUUGGAGAGCCGCCGUCAGCUGCUCUUGAACACAAGCUGGUCCUCCGACUGACGGCUCGGGACCCUCAGGUCCUGCUUCUCCUCUGUGACCCAGCAGCCAGGGGGCGCCGUGGAGACCGGCCCCGACACACACGUGGGGAAGUGUCCAUCUGGCCUGUGACGUGUGUAUCCCACGCCGUAUAUUCCCUGUGUGUGUGACACCUGUGCGGGUCGACUGAAACAUGUAUUUAUGAAAACUUUUACAACUUGAAUCGGACGCUUUAAUAAAAGAGACCCUGGUGUGAACCGUGUGUGAGUGUGUUGGAAGCUGGGUGGAGGUGUCGAGUCUGAGGGAGAAGCGGCUCCGCCUCAGUUCAGGGCGCGGCAGACAGGCGGCAGCACUGCAGGACGCUCCUGGAACUGGAGGUGUCAGUCGCCCCAAAACUCGCUCAGAUCAUUACUGCGCCGCAACAACGAGCUCAUUUCUCUGAGCGGCAAUGUGGAAAAGAAACAUUCAUAAUUUCUCAACAACAGAAAAGAGAAGCGGCGGCUGUGGGCAGAGAAGCGACUCCUGCUACAGCGGAGGAAGAUGGUACGAUUUUUAAUGACGGGCCAAAACAUAGCGUGGAAGAAUGAGCUGCUUCACUCGUGAUUUCCCUGAUGUUUGACGGCAACAUGGCCGCGACAAAUGUGGCCACAUCAUUCGGAC